AUGGCUUUGUCACAGCAACAUUCGCACGUCCCAAAGUUCGGAAACUGGGACAGCGACAACAUACCGUACACGGCCUGCUUCGAGAACGCACGCAGGGAGAAAGCAGGCGUGAAGAUGAACCCGAACGAUCCUGAGGAGAACCCGGAGAUGUUCAUGCUCGGGAGAGGAGGCGUCGACAUCGACAACGACAGCCAAGCAUCAGUUGCUUUUGAGCACAAUAUAAGUGAAGGGCACAGGAGGUUCAAUGUGCACCGGAGGACCCCUUCAGAUCAACAAAGAGAUGAUCUUCAAGAAGAUUCACCAAAAGUGCAUCGGAGAGCGCCUUCGAUACCUAAAUUCGGGGCCUGGGAUGAAACCGAUCCGAGAUCAGGAGAGGGCUUCACCGUCAUCUUCAGCAAAGUGAAAGAGGAAAAGCACAACGCAUCCUCCAAGAUCCCGGUCCUGCCCCCCGAGCAGAUUGCCCACUCGAGCAAUCAUCAGAAGCGAGAAAGCUCUUCUUCCUCCAGAUCAAAGAUAUGCUGCUGUCUAUGUUUUGGAGGGAGGGAGUGA